UCGUGUUACUGUUUUUACCAAUUUCCUGUUCGCUGAAUUUGGAAACAAUUACUCACACUUCCCCCAAUAUUUAUCCCCCUUGAUUUGUUUUGAUUGUUAUAUAUGUGGGUUUUAAUUGCUUAAUCAGUUUGGUUCUUCGCUCCUUUUUUAGUAAAUCGGAGUAAUUAUGGACAAUUGACAUUCUGUUUGAUUAGGGUUUUUAUUGGAGUCAUCCUUUCUCAUGGAUCCUUGGUUCCGUGAUUCCGAUACAGCAAAUGAAUUUACUUUUGAUGAUGGAGGCUCUCUCCCCAUUUAUGAUCAGUCUCCAAAUCUUGAUGUCCUGGAUAUCCCUUUCCUUCCUCUAAGCCCAGGCCCUGAUAAUUUUGCUCCAUACGAAACUGACUCUCCGGAUGAUGUAGACUCUGAUCCAGUGCUGAAGUUUCUCAAUCAGAUUCUUGUUGAAGAGGAUAUGGAGGAGAAGCCUAGCAUGUUUCACGACCCCCUUGCCCUACGCGCCGCUGAGAAAUCCCUGUAUGAAGUCAUUGGACAGAAAUACCCGCCUUCCCCUGCUUAUCCAGCAACUUACGGCGAUCAAAAGUUGGACAGUCCUGAUAGCUUUUUCGGGAACUCCAGUGAGUACACGAGCAGUAGUAAUGCUGGCAGUACUUCUAUUGAUCCUCAGUGGAUUGUUGAUCCUGGGGAAAAUACUUCAUCUCAUCAGCAGGAUCUUUUGUUGGAAUCAGUCAUACCGAGCAAUUCACAACCAUUACCGCGUGCUGUCAACACCUCCUAUGGUAAUGGGAAUGCACAGAUGGACUCCUUUGGCGAUGCAAGCCUCCUUCAGAGUUUUUUUGGUGAUAGUGAAUCUGUCUUGCAGUUCAAGAGAGGGAUGGAAGAAGCUAGCAAAUUCCUCCCUGCGAGUAAUCCAUUGAUUAUUGAUCUGGACAAAUAUGAACUGCCUAAAAAAUCAGAAGAUAUAAGUCCAGCUGUUGCGGUCAAAACAGAAAAAGAGGAGCCUCGUGAUUCUUCUAAUAACCUCAAGGGAAGGAAGCAUCAAUAUCCAGAUGAUGGGAAUUCGGAAGAAAUGGAAAGAAGCAGCAAGCAAUUUGCAACAAACAUUGAAGAGGUUGAAUUGUCUGAAAUGUUUGAUAGAGUUCUUCUAUGCACUGAUGUCAAGAAGGAGUGUUGCAAUGAUGAUGCUGAACUGGAAAGCCCGGCUCUGCUGCCAGCAGUGCUUCCUAAUGGCUCUAAUGGCAGAAAAGCUCGCACAAAGAAAAAUGAGAAGCAGGAGGAUUCCAUGGACCUCCGAUCCCUUUUGAUAAGUUGUGCACAAUCCGUUUCUGCUGAUGAUCGUAGAACAGCAUACGAACAAUUAAGGCAGAUCAUGCAGCAUUCUUCUCCAACUGGUGAUGUGUAUCAGAGGUUGGCCCAUGUGUUUGCUAGCGGUCUUCAGGCACGGCUGGGUGGUACUGGAACUGAGCUUUAUGCAUCCCUUACUCGCAGAAAAAUAACGGCUGCAGAGAAGUUAAAAGCCUACCAGGUAUAUCUUUCAGCCUCUCCAUUCAAGAAGAUGUCGAUGGCUUAUGCAAAUAAGAUGAUUUGUUCGUUGGCUUCAGAAGCAACUACACUGCAUAUUAUUGAUUUCGGUAUCCUUUACGGCUUCCAGUGGCCUAUCCUCAUUCAGCAUCUUGCUGACAGAGCCAGAGGGAAUUUCAAACUGCGCAUUACUGGUAUUGAGCAUCCUCAACCAGGUUUUAGACCAGCCGAACGUCUAGAGGAGACAGGCUUCCGCUUAGCAAAAUAUUGUGAACGUUUUGGAGUACCGUUCGAAUACCAAGCUAUCGCAACACAAAACUGGGAGGCAAUUAAGAUUGAGGACCUGAAGAUUACCAGUGGUGAGGUGAUUGCUGUGAACACUCUUUUCCGGUUUGGCAGAUUGCUGGAUGAGACAGUUAUGGUCGACAGCCCAAGGGAUGCUGUUCUGAACCUAGUCAGGAAAAUAAAGCCACAUAUCUUUGUAAAUGCUGUAGCAAAUGGAUCUUUUAACGCUCCUUUCUUCGUCACUCGCUUCAGGGAGGCCCUGUAUCAUUAUUCUGCUUUGUUUGAUAUGUUUGAUGCUACCUUGCCUCGUGAUAAUCCACAGAGGAUUGAUUUUGAACAAGAUUUCUAUGGCCGUGAGGUAAUCAAUGUUGUUGCAUGUGAGGGAGCAGAGAGGGUUGAGAGACCUGAGACGUACAAGCAGUGGCAUGUUCGCCACAUACGGGCUGGGUUCAAACCACUGCCCUUGGAUCAAGGGAUCUUGAAAAAAAUAAGACACAAGCGUUCUGGAUAUCACAAAGAUUUCCUUUUCGAUGAAGAUGGCUGUUGGGUGUUGCAGGGCUGGAAAGGCAGGAUUCUUUAUGCUAGCUCGUGUUGGGUCCCAGCUUAAAGUCUGAUAUAUGUUCAAUCAACAGUAGGGGGUCCUUUUCAGGCAUGCCCCCCCCCCCCCCUGAGAUGAUAUCAGCACUUGAAGUAGCAUUAUAUGAGUCAGAAGGGAACUUGCAGUUGUGGAGAUAUCAUACUACAAGAAGCCAUUGGUUAUGGAGAUCCCCUCGUCGCUGUAUUGCCAUCUUUGCGCUGCAUCACCUUAAAGGGCAUCCAACACAUUUCGCUCCGGCUUUGCAAAAUCUGGAGAUUCUUGUUUUAUGUUUUGGUCGGGAGCUGGAGUUUGACGCAGCAGAUGAUUGCUUUUGGUGUGAAUUAUGAGUUGUAAAUUAGAUUUUUGUUAGUUUGAUUUGUAACUACUGUACCAGAGUGUCCACUGAAAAGAUCCAUUAGAGUUUUUAAAAUGAUAGUGUUUUAGGAUGCAAGUUUAGAUAUACAUUCACUCUUAACCAUAAACUGUGUCAAUACAUUUACUACUAUUAGUAGAUAAAAGUGAAGCAACUGAGAAUUUGUUCUCAGUUGAAUAGUCAA